AUAUGAUUUCGUCCACGCUUGGUCGGUAAAUUCUCCGCGCAUCCUUUUGACCCGAGGGCCUCCAGAAUGCCUAGGAUCCCCUACAGGGUCCCUCUUCCGGGUGAAGAUGAAGUGGCUGAUCGUAUGAGGGAGCGGCGUGGUGCUAGAGGACUCACCCCACUUGAUGGAAUGCUGCUCAACGCUCCUGCAAUUGCAGAUGGGUGGAACAAGAUAAUUGGGACUUUGAGAACUGGUACAUCGCUCCCGGCCGACAUUAGGGAACUUCUGGUGCGACAGCAUGAGCUGGAGUUAGCGGAUUAGUGACUUUCAAACUCAGAUCUUACGAACCGGGGCUCUAAAUGGCGCAGCGUUCGAAUGGAUUCACCACGAACAUGAAGGAAGAGCCGCGGGCCUGACUACUGAGCAGCUUGUUCUUAUUGGGGACACAUCAACGGCUCUCUCGACGGAUGUCCUGCCAAAUGAUCCCUUGAGUCCGCUGCAGCGGGCAGCUUUACAAUUUGCGGACGCCAGUACUAGAUCCAUCAAAAUACCAGACGGAGUAUUUGAUAGACUGAAACGCGGGCUUUCAAAUACGUUCAGCAGCGCCGAUUCUCGGGACCUGACGGUUGAACGCCAACUAGUCGAGGCCGUUACUGUUGUUGGCGGAUAUAAUCUUGUGUCAAGAUUUCUUGUGGCAUUGGAUGUCGACGACCGCGCCUCUCAAAUAGUUCCUGCUCCUCAAUCCAAGGAUGAUCCUUACCAAGAAUAUCCCGUAUACGUUAAUCCCGACAUCACCCUCCACGUUCGUGUAUACUGGAACAAGGCCAGCCCCAAGGCGCCCGUCCUAUUAUUCAUUAAUUCGCUUCUAACUACCCUUACUAUGUGGUCUGCCGUUGUUCCUACCCUGUCCCAAAAGUACACACUCGUGUUCUAUGACCAACGUGGCCACGGGAAGUCAUCCGUGCCGCCCGAAUCGCCCCGCACUACAAUUCCAGAGCUCGCAAAGGAUGUUGCGCGUAUCUUGGAUUAUCUCAAGCUUAAUUCCGUUCAUGGGGUUAUAGGUGUCUCGCAGGGAGGUGCAACUUCGCUCUCUUUUGCGCUGCAGUACACACACCGUGUUCGCCGACUGGUUACUUGCGAUACACAACCAGUAUCUCCCCAGGGCAACAAGAGAGCAUGGGCCGAUAGGAUCGCACUCGCCCGUUCGGAGGGGAUGGAGAAGUUGGCGGAAGACAGCACAGCGAGGUGGUUUCCAAACGAGGGAAGUCCGUUUAGGCAUGGCGGAGAAAAUUACGACGUUAUAAGGAAUCAGAUCAUUGCCACGCCCCUGGAAGGCUUUGCACGAGGCGCUGGAGCACUACAAGAGUAUGAUCUCAAAACGAAUGGCUUAAUUCCUGCAUUUCAAGAGGCGGGGAAGGACGGAGAUUUCAAAGUGCUUUUGCUAGCUGGAGAACUCGACGGAAGGAUUCCCGACGUGCUGAAGACAUUGCGUGAGGAGCUUGAUCCAGAACACAGUUUUUCAGGAUUUGCCUCGAUCGAGGGUAGCGGGCAUUUACCCAUGGUGGAUAAUCCGCAGGGGUUUCUUGCUGUGGUGGAGGAAUUCUUAGGUUCAUGAAGCCUUGACCUGUUAUUAUUAAAUUGCUUCUGUGAAGACAUUGUAUAUCAGCCCUAUAACACACCCCUUUCGUGCC